AUGGCCACUCGGAGCAGGCGCAGCGCCGCGACAGAAGUCAUGGAAGAGGAGGAAGAAGAGGGCGGCCUAGUGAAGCUGCGCUUCAAUGACAGCCUCGUCGGCCGGCCUGGGAAGCCCAUAUCUGUUGGCGACCUCUUGCGCCGCCUGCAGGAGCUAUCUCAGGAGCUGCGGGGCAUGGAGCAAGAGGAGGCCGAAAGAGAUUCCCUGUUAUCGGUUGCAAAGGAACUGGCGCACCAUAAUCUGCUGCUGCACAAGGACGGAGGAAUAUUCCCAGCGCUAGCCGACCCUUCGAAUGCCUACAACGCCCAACAUCUCUACGUCCUCAAAUCCCUCGCUGAAGUCAAGAGCAUCGUCCUUCUCACCGAUAUCCCUUCCUCGAACACUCUUGCGCUACAUCUCUUCACGAUCUGCUUCGACGUACUCUCUGGUCCCUCAAAAGCAGACUCUGGCGAGGAGCUGAGCAAAAAUGUGGAGCACCAUAUGACGGCGUUGCUCGGGGCCCUCGUGGAGGAAUCGCAAGGCCUGCCUCCUGAGGUAGUGGAUGUGAUACUGGCGCAAUUCCUCCGCGCUGACCCAAGAGUCAUGACGAGUACCGGCACGAAAGGCAAGAAGCAUGUGCCGAUUGAUGAAAAGCAGAUGACCCUGCUCUUGAAAGAGGCCCCUCCGGCGUACAACAUGGCCAAGAAUGUCUGCAAUUCCUGCCCCGAUAAGAUGGCUCGUCUUGUAGGGCACUAUUUCAGCUCUGUGAUUGUUGAUGCGUCCACGGCCAUCUCUUCAAUGCCAAAAGUUCGAUCGCGUAAGCGCGCCAGCAGCGACCUAGACGACUCAGAAGACGAAGGCCCAACGGCACCUUCUGAAGAAGAUUUGAAGGAGGCCAAGAAGGCGCAUAACCUGCUGCGAGAGCUUUGGAGGUGCUCGCCAGACGUUUUGCAAGACAUCAUACCUAACCUCCAAGAAGAACUCAGUGCAGAGAACCUGCAACUGCGCCUACUUGCCACAGAAACCUUUGGUGACAUGAUCGCUGGUAUUGGAGCUGCCGGCCCUCCACCAUCGCCGGUCUUAGACCCUGCCGCUUUCCCUUCCCAAAGUCUCGCGUCCGCAUCUGACACUUUUCGCGCGUACAAUUUCCUUACGACGCCAACUUCGCCCCAUUCGUUCCCAUCUCAGUAUACGCAGCCGUACCAGGCUUUCCUCCAGAGAAAACAGGACAAGUCCCCUGUAAUUCGUGCUGCAUGGGCCACGAGCAUUGGGCGGAUUCUAAUGACAUCUGCUGGCGGGGCUGGCCUGGAUCAAGAGGAGGAGCAAAAGCUGUUGAGGUAUUUCUCGCAAUCGCUGAUAGACAGCGACGAACGUGUCCGCGUUGCUGCGAUAAAUGCAAUUGACCAAUUCCCAUUCCAAGAUAUCGUGGAGAAACUCGGGAGCAACGGCAUAAUGUCCGAGCCGGGAUCAAUCCUUUCCAAUCUUGCCGACAGAGUCAAGGACAAGAAGCCUAACGUACGAACUGAUUCCAUGAAACUUAUCGGGAAAAUCUGGGGCGUAGCUGCCGGUGCCAUGCUCGAAGGAAACGAGAGAGUAUCGGCACUUCUUCAACCGGUUCCGUCAAAGAUCCUCGAGACCUGCUACAUCAACGACAAGGAAAUCAAUGUUCUCGUGGACCACGUCUUGUAUGAGUAUUUGCUUCCAUUAGCAUUUCCACCCAUUAAAGCAAAAGCAGCAACCAAUGGAAAUUCGCAGGCCGUGAAGGACAGUCAGAAGAGCGGUUACACUGAAGCUGAAAUUGAUAAGAUCCGGACGGAACGACAGCUGCUUCUGGUGAAAGGCUUAGACGAAAGGGCCAAAAAGGUCUACUUUGCCAAGCAAGGAAACCAAGCCGCUGGCGUUAAGUUUAUGGAAACCUUUCUGGGGAAAUGCGAGGAAUACAACGGCGGCGUCAUGGACGGUAACGAGAAAGAGAUCAAACAGCAAUUGAACGGUCUCAUAUCCUAUUAUUCGGGGACCUUUGCGGAUUCGCAGCGAGCCCAGGAUGAUCUAUGGAAAUUUGUCAAGGCCCAUGACCGACGCAACUAUCAGUUAAUCAGGUUCUGCAUGGCACCGGAUAGCGAUUAUAGAAAGGUGCACAAAUCAAUUAAAGAACUUAGGAAGAGGAUAGAGGAUGCGCCAGGCUCAUCUACUCUGCUGGAGACCCUACAGGCCCUUCUGUAUCGAGUGAGCAUACUUGCUUACAACCGAAGCCACGUACCUGCGAUUAUCCAGUACUCACGCACAAACGAGCAUGGGUUCGCAUCAGCAGCCCACGAAAUACUGAAAGAAAUCUCCACUAAACAUCCGGAUGUCUUCAAGGCUCAUGUACAGGAGCUAUGCAAAGUGUUAGAAAGUGGAGCACCAACGGCCAAAAAGCCAAAUGGACUCAAUGCGGUAGAUGAUCUGAAAGCUUGCUCUGGGUUCGCCCAAAAGUUCCCCGCGGAGUUGCCAAAGGACAGAAAAUUCGUACAGAGUAUGAUCAGCUUCGCUCUCUACGGAUCGCCUCCCAAGGCCGCAAAGCACGCGGUAACGAUUCUGAUGAGCAGUGCAGAUAAAAAGGAAAUGCACGCGAAAGACCUUAUCAGCAAAUGCACCAAAGGUUUCGAAUAUGGUUCGGGUCAUUACUUGACACGACUUGCAGCCUUAAGCCAACUUAUGCUGCUUGGCCCCAAAGAUGAGGAAGACGUUGACGAAGUGACGGACAUCGCUAUCACGAAUGUUCUACAGAGGGAAUCUCCGAAAGCUACGCCUGGGGAGCCGGACUGGAUGGACGUUCCCGACGACGACCUGACGGCCAAAAUAUGGGCUCUGAAGAUCUUAGUCAAUCGACUCCGCUCCAUAUCCGCUGAUGCCCCAAUCGCCGAGGCCGCCACUACGGUGUACAAGUUCCUAAUGAAGCUAGUGACCAAAGAGGGCGAGCUUUCUGAGACGGGCGACUCCUCUGCUCCCCACAAGGCCCGCCUCCGUCUUGUAGCAGCACAAUUCCUGUUAAAACUCUCGUGCACUCGUCGAUUGGAUAAUCUGCUGAAUCCCACCUCAUUCUACUCUCUCGCUACCGUGGCCCAGGAUCCCCACACGCCUGUGCGUACCGGAUUCAUCAACAAGCUGAUGAAGUAUCUUGGCCAAAGUCGUCUUUCGAGUCGCUUCUUCUCUAUCAUAUUUCUUCUUGCGUAUGAGCCCGAAGUGAGUCUUAAAGAGAGUGCGAUCACCUUCGUUCGCUCUCAGCGUGCUCGCAUGGCCGCGCGCAAGGAAACGACAUUAGAGCAGGUCUUUGCGCGGCUUAUUAGCUUGUUAGCGCAUCAUCCUGACUUCGACACUGACGCAGAGAGCCUCCAAGAUUCCGUACAGUAUAUCCUUCUCUAUCUCAAGUGCGUCGCUACGUCGGAAAAUCUCUCUCUUAUCUAUCAUGUGGCGCAGCGCGUCAAGAGUGUCGCUGAUGGAAUUUCGAACAAUGUCGAGGCCGACAAAAAAUUGUACAUGCUCAGCGACCUGGCGCAAGCAGUCAUCAGACUAUGGGAGGAGCUAAACGGAUGGAAUAUGCAGGCAUGGCCGGGGAAGCUGAAGCUUCCAGCUGGCAUUUUCAAAGCUCUAGAGAGCCAUGAGCGGGCGCAGGAGAUUGCCAACAAGAUCUGGGUGGACGAAGAGGCGACGGACGGUCUCGACGCCAUCGUCCGGAACAGCCUGCGAGGCAAGAAAAGGAAGAGCCUUGCGGAUCACAAUGCGAACUUCAAGAAGAAGCUAAAGAUGCCGGCCAAACCCAAGCCCAAGCCGAAGACUCCCAAAUCUGUCCGUACGCCAAAGAAGAAGUCGAGGCGGAACGAUGACAGCGAUUUAGAAGGCGAUGCCGAGCCGUCCAGUGAGAUUACACGUCGCAGUGUCCGCAAAUCGACAACGAAGAGCUACGUCGAACUGAGCGACGACGAGGAUGAGGAGCAAGAGAAGCAAUGGCAGAAUGUUGAGGAGGAAGAGCAGGAGUCAGCCGAGAACACCGACGCCGAGGGUGCCAAAGAGGACAAUGGCCACACGAAUGAUGUUAAUAUGGAUGAUGCCGACGCUGAACCAGGUGCGGAGGUGCCCGGUUCCGAGGAUGAACUUUACGCAGACCCAAAGCCAAUAGAAAAGAAACAGACCCGGACGAGAGGUGGUAAGAAAUCGAAUGGAGUGUCCCUCCCUUCGAGAUCGAAACAGCCUUCCUCGCCUACUGUCAACGGGAAAGCUAAGCAGAAGCCGAAAGCUAAUGGCAAGGCUCUUGCUGAAAAGCCGAACGGUCGGGCCACGAGGGCUACCGCGAAAACUGUAGUUCCAGCCUCGGACGAUGAGGAUAUUUCCGAUUGAGCUCAAUUUGAUUCAAUAUGGCUACCAACGCCAGGUUUUAUGGUAAUUGGGUAGCGGGUUGUGUUUAGGGAUGGGAAGGAUUCACGAGAGUGUGGGGAAAGACUGGAUCCCAACAUCGGCGACAAAUGAGUAAUGAUGUCCUACCAAGUCCUGCUUUCAUGCCAUGCUUUCCCCACUUAUGUUUCUACCAGUUUUCCUUUCUAAUGAUGGUCAAGUGAGGCUGGGUAGUGCAUAGCGUCCGUCCGUCUUCUCUUCGUCACGGAUGGGUACUUUGCAUGGCUGGCGUUGUGUUUUCUCUACUGCCACAAAACUGUUCCUGCUUUAGCGUGGAGCGAGUGCCGCAUACCUGGCGUUUAGCGGGAGGUGUUUUCUAGUUGUUGUUGCUUGAUUCAAGCUGUCAUAUUUGUCGCGCCUGGAGAAGGAUAAUGU